CAACUGGCGCUCGUAUGAAUACUUCGUAAGUGAAGGGGAAGGAGGAGGCGGCGUCGGCUUUGUUGUCGCCCUGUCACUCGCAGUAUUUUUGGUGGAAUGUAUGUCUCUGCUUUUUCUACAUUCUGUGAACCGCUAUUGGUACAGGUUGUGAAGAAUCCUCAUCGGCUACCUAAUGGGGGCGCUCCUUUCCAGAUGGAAGGCAAAGCCUUCCACCGUUCAAGUUUUGGAGAAAAUGGAAAAGGAAGUCCAAUCGUUAGAAGAGUUUCAGGAGAAGAACCAGAAGCUGCGGAAGAUUUGGGUUGGAAGAUUACUUGUCUAUUCUGCAUUUUUGUAUUUUCUCACCUGUUUAAUAGUUUACCUAUGGUACCUCCCCGAUGGCUUAACAGCAAGACUGGUUAUAAUUAUUCCAUUUUUGCUUUUCCCAGUAAUAAUUUGGUUUGCUAGAACACUGCUGAUUAUAUGGUUCUCCAAGCGUACAGAAAGAAAUAAUGAAGCACUUGAAGACUUAAAAGCACAGAAGAAAAAAAUUCUCGAGGAAGUAAUGGAAACAGAAACUUACAAAGCAGCUAAACUGAUUCUUGAACGCUUUGAUCCAGAUUCAAGGAAAAUCAAGGAACUUGAAUCUCCUGCUGGCGUUCCUAGCACUCCAAAGCCCGGCCAAGAUCUGCGCCAGAGGACGGCAGCUCAAAGAAAUAUAAGUGUGUCUACCCCAGUAAACCCGAGCCAGGGAACUCCCCAAGUUCCUGGGAUGUUGGCGGCAACUCCAGGUCUUCAAAGGGACACUUCAGCUCCUGGUGGACCCCCUGAGCGGACUGUUCAGCCAGGAUUACAGUCAGGCCUCGUACCAAGACGCCCUGGUUCGCCUGCAAUAUCUGGAAUGGCUGUGUAUCCACCAGGACCCCCCUUGGCCCGACCAAUUCUUCCACGGGAGAGGGGUGCAGUCGAUAGAGUUAUUGAAUACCUAGUUGGUGACGGUCCUCAGAACAGAUACGCCUUGAUUUGCCAGCAGUGUUUUUCUCACAAUGGAAUGGCGCUGAAGGAAGAGUUUGAGUAUGUUGCAUUUAGAUGUGCAUACUGUUUUUUCCUAAAUCCUGCAAGAAAAACUCGUCCACAAGCCCCACGACUUCAAGAAUUUAACCUUGAGAGGCUACCAAGACCAGACUCCCUGAGUUCCACAAGUUUGCUGCAGGCUGCCACUGAAGAACUGGAAAUCCAGACUUCCUCAGAUCCAUCAGAGGCGGGAGAAACACCAGAUGCUGAAGAAGUUGUUGAGGGGGAGGAACCAUCAGAGGCAGGAGAAACACCAGAUGCUAAAGAAGUUGUUGAGGAGGAGGAAAAAUGCACAGAAGAGUUGUCUGAUGAAACUGUGAAAGAAGUGGGUCAGGCAUUGCCUGAAGAAAUUGUGAAACCACCUAAUGUUAAUGAGAGUGAGGAAUCGUUAAUGGAGACGGAGUGAAUGUGCUUGGGGCCUUCUUUAGUUUAUGGCAGCUUAGGCCUCACGAGUUAUUACUUGUGAGAUUACACUUCUGAUUAAUCUAGCUAGAUCUGCCUCAUGCCCUGCAAUGAUGUGCCAUAUCUAUGGGUCAUCCACAACUGUAUAGCACUUGUACUUGAUAUUUAACCUUCUUUCAUGCUAGAAUUGACCUGGAUGUGUUUUUGGCCUAUUACCAAGCGUUGAUAAGGUAUCGAUAGCAGAACUUUUUAUUUUUAAUUUGAGUAUUUUAAGGUAAUGAGUUUGCAGGGUUAUUUAUUUUACAUGUAGCAGUCAGAGAGCGGUUUGGAUAGACAUAUUUUGUACCAAGGAUAUUUAUAUAUUAAUCUGCUGAUGUGUGUGUGAUAUCUGGGUGGGGAAUGGACCACAGCUGGUACCUUUUUCAAGUGUGUCUGCAAACAUCAAACCAUCUCUACAAUUUUGAGUGAGCAACGUACUCAAUAGUAUUUUUGGGCACCUACUUUGUUGUGAUCCUGAACGGACCCUGCUACAUGUGUUUGCUGUUUGGUUCAUGUUUACAUUAAAAACAUAGGAAAAGCUUUUAUUUGUACUUGAAUAAUGAGCUAUAUUUAUGUGUACGACAAUGGUACACCCGUCAGUUUGUGCCUUUUGUGUGUUUUAUUGUUAAAUGUAAAUAAAGUCUGGAUUAAUGUAA